UUUUCCGCAUACCGUUGUCAAAAAAUUCCACGCUCUCUCUCUCUGCUGCGCUUUUCUCUUGCGAUCGCUUCUCUGAAAAACAAUAAUGUCGCCGGCCGCCGCUAAGUGCAGCAAAAUCCGACACAUUGUUCGAAUCCGCCAGAUGCUUCUCCGGUGGCGCAAGAAGGCUCGCAUAACGGCUGUUCGUACACCGUCCGAUGUGCCGGCCGGGCACGUGGCUGUCUGCGUGGGACCCAGCUGCCGGAGGUUUAUCGUGCGCGCAACGUACCUGAAUCACCCGAUCUUCAACAAGCUUCUAACUCGGGCCGAGGAGGAGUACGGGUUCUGCAACCAAGGCCCCUUGACGAUCCCGUGCGACGAGUCGAUGUUCGAGGAGGUCCUCCGGGUCGUUUCACGGUCUGAGUCGGGUCGCUCGUUCCGCUUCGUGAACCUCGAAGAUUUCCAGAGACGCUGCCACGUGGACGUCCGAAGUAAUUAUGACUUGGCGGGAGAAUCUUGGCCCUUGCUUCAUGAGGAGCCCAUCUGUUAAAGCUGACAUGGGUCGGGUCGGGAUGUGAGAGUCCGACGACAGAGCAUAAUUGACUAAUUAUAUUUUUUGUAAUUUUUUCACGACUGAUAUAUAUAUUUAUUUUUCAUCGUUCCGAUGAGUUUGUUUCAGAGAUUACGUUAGUAGAGUGAGAAGAUGGUUGGGUGGGAAAAACACCGAUCAGUCCCCAGUCGAAACGAAUUAAAGGGGUUCCGUCGGUUGAUUUGGAUUGUAAAUUUUGUUAAUUAGUGGAUUCGAGUUGAAUGGAAUAUUAUUUAAGAUUCCCUCA